UCAUUUUUUUACCUUUUUUUUCUUCCAUCGUCCAUCACCUGUUACUGUGUCAAGAAACGUUCUUUAUCAUCCAUCUUCAACAGUUUCUUCUUUUGUUGUAGUAUGGCCAAGUCUUCGCCCAUGUCCAUUUCGCAAUUAUGCAAUGCCAUGACGGGCGAUUCAAGCACCGAGAAUCACGACACCAUCAACUUUGCCGAGCCGGAGGCUUUGAGUGAAGUCGCGUUAAGCGAUAUGAAAGUGGUCGAUGAAGGUAACUUAUCAUACAGCGGGUUCCUGUUCCCCGCUGUAGACGAAUCGGAUGAUUUUUUCUUUUUUCUAUCUGUGCUCUGAUAAAAGAGGCGAUUUUUUUUUUCAAGAUCACGCACUAUCGCUAUCGUUAACAUUGCCCCCACUUACCACUUAUCACUCGUCAUCCUCCAGUACUGUUCCAUCUCCUUUACCGACGCCCACCUAUUCUUCGCAAUCCCUCCAAAACUAUAAGCGCCAACGAUCGUCCUUAUCCAGCGAUUCAACCAUCGAGGACGAUGAUCCACAUCAAAUACAAAUACAUAUACAAGGACACGCUGACCGCCUUCGCAACGUGUUAUCGCCGAUCAGUGAAUUGCGUCUAUCUGAGCGCAUAGAUACGGUUGAAGAUGCCCCAGUCUUUGGAUCAAAGAUGACAGAGGUAUCCUCUAGACUUGCCGUAAGCGAUAAAUGCCAGUCAUUGAUCUCGCCGAAAACUGUGUGGGGUAAAUACUCUUAUGGCGAAACACCUUGUGAAGUAAACCAUGUGAAUAUCAACGACGAAGAUGAUGGUACCCUGUCGGCCACCACAGCCCUGGCUCGCACCAACCUCCAUGAUACUGCCGUUGACCUUGAGACUAAUCCUCGACGCAGAUAUUAUCGGUCGACAGAAGAUGCUGCAUCUUCCCAUUCUUCGCGGUCAAAGUAUUCAUCACGGUGCAAUUCUCCACAAUCUCGUUUUUCCACAACGGCGGCACCUGCCAAGCAUGUCGCGAGUCCUCAUCCACAAAAAUACGCAAGCAGUCGCUGGCAACAGAUUGUACUGCAUGCCAGUUCAGCCGCCGGAACUACCGCCGCCGUUGUCAGCGAAGAAAGUAUGAAAUGUCUUCGUUACUGUAUUAGUUGGUUACAGUAUGCGCGUCGUCAUAUUGACGAACAAAUGGAUAUUUUACGAAAUCUGCUGGUAUCUUUAGCGACGCAAUCAUCAAAUAGUGACAAGACGUUGAGCACGCCCGAUUCAGCCAUGACCACGCUCAUGGCGGUCAAGAAGGAGAUUAUUGAUACGUUGCGCAAAGUAAUCGAUGUGGUGAAAAAAUAUGCAGGAGUGGGAUUACCCGAACAAGCAAAAACAACCGUGCGUACCUUCAUUCUAGCGUUGCCAAAUCGAAUGGCGAAUCUCAAUUCGCGCACUGUCUCCCCGAUGCAAUCACCAGCUUUGCAACCCCAUACCUCCGUUUCCCCAUUGCAAGAAACGUCCAUUAAACUGCUCAAUCUAGGCGGAGAAUCGAUCGAAAUGCUGGAAUCCAUUGCCGCCGUAUUCUCGGACACGAUUGAACGUGCCGAAUAUUGGUUGCACUGCCUUCGUGGUGUGGUGAUUCCCGCACGUGAACGAGUGAACCCCACUCCAAUGGAGCUAGAAUAAGUAGCAGUAGCUUGUGACUCCAAAAAAAAAAAGAACAAAGCCUCUUGCCUGAUAUCGCUUCUUUUCCCUGCAUCUCACUACCCAGUCUCACCCCAUCACACAAACCACUGCGACAACUACGACUACUCAAGCAAAAACAAAACAAAAAGCAAUCAUCGAAUAAAAAAGGAAAGAAAACCAAUGUCUCGUUACACUUUCUAAUAUGUUGAGCCUUAUCUUGACGAACAAGUGGUGAAUAAACAUGUCACAUGAAGAGCACCGUUAGAGCAAAUCAAUCAGUGAUAUCCAACAGACAGAUUCUCAUAAACAAGAC